AUGGACCAUAAUUUCUCCAGCAUGUCCAGAACCCGAGAGUGUCAAAGUGGGAUUUCAAUGGACCUCUUCCUCCAUAUCUCACUCAUACCAGCAGUAAGGAAUGCUUCCUUCAACAUGCGGUUGAUUACAGUGGUGCUGUCGUACCUCCAGAAAAGAGCACAGAGACAUGCCAUCGACCAUCGGCUGCCCUUCCUGAAAGGACGUUUUGGUAUUGUGGUGCCUUUGGAUAUGAUCGGCAGUCUCAGUAAUCGCUGGUCCUACGGCUUUGCAUUCGGCGCCGUGUCCAGCAACGUCUUUCUUCUCUUCUCUGAAAGUUACAUUCCCUUCAGCGUCCCGGCCUGGGCCAGAGCCAUCGUGUACUUCAUCGGAGCUCUGGAAGUGGGCCUGGUGUAUUUCCCUUUCUUCGCCUGUCUGACCACGCCGUUUAAGCUGGUCGGAGCGCUGCUGGGAUUAGUCUACUCUCUGUGCUGGAUCAUCAUUAUAGUCUGGGACACGUUCACCUGUCCUGAUGGUAAGAUGCUUGGUAAAAACCAGAAGGUGAUUGUCCAGAUGCCCACCAUCCUCUCCCUCAUCUUCCUCAUGGGACGAUUCAUUUACAUGCUGGUUAAAGCCGUCCGGAUACGUCUGCAGCUGCAGCCCGAGGAGCCUGAGGAGCUGAUUGAGCAACACCAGAUGGCGCAUGUGAAGAGACUGCUGAGAAAAACUCCUGAAUGCUGCGCACAGCUCAGCUGGUUCCAGCGAAGAGUGUACGAGUGGGACCCCUGCUUCAAGUUCCCCAACAGGAUCAUUGGCACUGCUAUUAUUUCUCUUAUAGGCCUUUACACGAUGACGCUCGCCGAUUACAUCCUUAGCGAUGUUACUUUUGACCAAGUUGAGAAGUGGAAGAUCACACUGGAGUAUCUGGCGACCUCCUGUAACCAGACCGAGGCUCUGGGAGCCAUGAUACCAGGGCUGGAGGAGUUCCUCGUCGUGGCCAGAAAGUCUUGGAUUGCCACGACCUUCUUUGCCAGUCUCAACUCAGUUGCUUACACCUUCCAUAUCCUGGUGUGUUACAGGAAACAUUUGAAAAGGCUGUGGAAAGGACAGAAGGGCUUUCUCCCAGAAAAGUUUCACAAUCCUCAGUCUUCUGUCAGCGUAGCUUCCAUUGCAAGAUACUCUGGAUGGCAAAUCGCUUUUACACUGUGGGGCUACCUGAUCGUCCAUUUCGUCCACUUCCUGUUCGCACUGCUGCUCGCCUACGCUCUGGUUCUUCCCAUAGUUAACGGAAGAGCUCUGCAGAUGCUCUCAAACCUGGGGACUAUUCUUCUGACCAUCGGCAUAGUCAUCGGCUUGCUGAUUCUCCAGGUGGUCCUGGUCCAGGUCUUCUUCCUUCAGGACAAGAUGUCUCCCACAGAUAAACAGAAACCUCUCGCUCUCAACAACAGGAAGGCUUUCGACUGCUUCAACUAUUUCUUUUUUUUCUACAACGUGGUGAUGGGGAUCAGCACCUGCAUACUGAGGCUGCUGUCGAGCGUUGUGGUGGGAACAUGGUUGGUGUCCCGCAUCGAUCGGACCAUCAUGCAGAGGGGAUAUGAAAGCAUGGAUGCAGGCUACAGCACGUGGAUUGGAAUGAUCUUUGCUGACCACUACCACAGCAACCCAACCAUGGUGUGUUUUUGUCAGAUGUUGGUCUCAAACACACAGGAAAAACAAAGUGCAUCUGCGUAUUCGACAUUCAGCAAUACUCCGUCAGAACCUGCUGUAAAUAGCCGGGCCAGGAUACGCUGGGCUUUGUAUUACACAUUACUGAGGAACCCUCGAUUGAUCCUGUUCAGAAAACACCACCUGUCUUCAUCAACACCAGACUCUACGUCCCCACCAUCGGACACGGCGGUGCGGGCCUGGGUCAUGGCUUCUCAAGCACAGAACACACAACGGACACUCCCAGAAAGCACAGUCACACCUGCAGAAGACUGA